UAAAACACUGGUUGUCCUCAUUUGAAACGCUCGUUUUUGUUUCCGUCUACAAAGCAAGAAACAGCAAUUCAAUAAGUAAUACAACUUAUGAGGAAAGGGUGUCCGGUAAUAUCGCGAGGUUAGCCAGUCGGCGUGAAUGUGGCUGCUACUUUCCGCGGGCAGGGAGGACCUAACUCAGCACACUCUUCUGCAAGUGUGCUGAAGACUAUGCAAAGGUUUUACUUGGAACUAAAUUAAAUUUACUUCAGCUCAACCCAACAUCGUUUUAGACGUAGCUCAAAGUUUUAUUUAUACCCCGAAGGGUCUGGAAUACAUGGACGCUAACGUUAGCUCGCUAGUUAAGAGGCAUUUCAGUGGAAAUCGUCCGUAUUUCCCCUGAAAGAAACAAAAUGUCCGCGGAGCACAGAGCAAGCUGGAUACUGACAGGCACCGUGGUCGCUUGUGUCGCCGCUCUGUAUGUGCCCUGUGUGCAGAGGACGGUCCCCGGUGGAGACUCAGGAGAGCUGAUCACCACUGCUUGUGAGCUGGGGGUGGCCCAUCCUCCAGGAUACCCACUCUUCACUCUACUGGCUCACAUGGCUAUGCUUCUGCUGCCCUCACUCUCUCCAGCUCACAGUGUUAACCUGAUGAGUAGCCUCCUGGGGGCUGCAGCUUGUGGUGGCUUCUGCAUUACUGUCUGCAGGUUGGCAGGUCCUGGUCCUGGAGCAGUGCUGGCUGGUGGGCUGUUUGCUGUGUCCAGACUCAGCUGGCAGUGGUCCAUGGUGGCAGAGGUCUUCACCCUCAAUAACCUUUUUAUUGGCCUUCUCUUCUUCUUGACCGCCAGCUUCCACUGUGCUGAAAAUGCCACGCAGAGGAAGAAGACUGCACACUGGGGGGCAUUAUGCUGUGGCUUGGGGCUCUGUAACCAGCACACACUGGUGCUGUAUGUGUUGGUCAUCAUUCCUUGGGUCCUUUACCGACUGUACUCUCAAAAGGAGCUGUCUUUGCGUGGCCUUGUAUCUCUGGGAUUCUGUUUCCUCGCUGGCUUCCUGCCGUACAUCUACCUGCCGAUUUCAUCCUACCUCAACACAGCCCGCUGGAGCUGGGGUGACCAGACCACCCUGUCGGGUCUGUUGACCCACCUGCUGCGAGCUGAAUAUGGCACAUUCUGUCUGGCAAAGACAGAAACCUCGGUUAACCUGACCACAAUGCUGCAGGCUCAGUUGGACCACUCCCUGGCAGAACUUUCACUUCCUGUCUUGGUACUGGCAGGAAUGGGCUUUGCGCUCUCCUCAUUGGACAGGAGGUGUCGCUCAGUGUCUUGGCUGUUAACUGUCAUGCUGGUGGUCUACUCGCUGUUUUUUGCAUGGAGAGCCAACCUGGACAUUAGCAGACCCUUACUGCUCGGAGUGGUUGAGCGUUUCUGGCUCCAGAGCGAUGCUGCAGUGUGUGUGCUGGCAGGCCUCGGCUUGAGCCGGACUCUAGCUGGGCUGGAGAGGAGGCUGGGCUAUGGGGGGUUGUGGAAGACCACAGGCUGGGUCUUCACUGCAGCUCUGCUGGCACAUAUGGUGCACACCAAUCACAGGGAGUGUGAUCAGAGUGGGAACACUGUGGUGGAGAGGUUCGGCAGGGAGCUUCUGGCCUCCUUCCCCAAAGACUCGAUCAUCCUGACCAGAGGAGAUCUGCCUGGAAAUUCUCUGCGAUACCUGCACUACUGCCAGGGCGUACGGCCUGAUGUACGCCUGGUUGAUCAGGAGAUGAUGACAUAUGCUUGGUAUGUGGCCAAGCUGGCACAGCACCACCCUGGGAUCCACUUUCCCGGCCGCUGGUGGGACCCGGUCAACCCCGAGGAGAAAGGCACCUUCAGUCUCGAUCAAUUUCUGUCCCGCAACACGCAGAGGGAUGUGUUUGCCUGCAUCGGGCUUCCUGAUGGAGACCUGAGCUGGGAACGCAGUUAUUCCCGCUGGCCCCUGGGUGUGUGUGACUACUUAGUGCCCAUUCAGAAGCAGUUUCACCCUGAAGAGUGGGCUCAUCGUACACGCAAUAUCUACAACUGGAGUGAUCCACACAACAGUUUCCAUCCUGCAUCCUGGGAGCGUGUUGCUAAUGAAGAGAUGUGGCAAGCCAGGAUGAAGACAGCUUUCUUUCUGUUUGACCUGGCUGAAAGGAUGCAAGGAGAGGGGAAAGCUCGCCUCUUUGAGCUGUCUUACACUCUAUAUAAGGAGAUUGUUGAGGCCCACUCCGACUAUCCUCCAAACUGGGACAAGAACCUGGCUCUGGCUUGCGAGAGGCUGCUCCGCUCCGGUCACAGGGGUUACAGUGCAGACAGCCUACUGACCUGCAGUGUCCAGCACUUCAGUCUUUACUUAGAGAAGGACCCCACUGAUCCCCAGGCACCCGCCAUCCGCUCAGCCAUUACUCACCUGCUCCAAGAGAGAGACAGAUUCCGACAGAGCCGGAGGCAAACCCCAUAAGAUCCAUGGAGCUGGAACAAUGGACAUUAUGGCUAAGCCAAUGUGCCUCUUUGUGUGGUUUUAAGGUGACGCUCUAUGUGGAUCAAGACUGGUGCACUGGUGUUAAGUUUGGCUAAAUGUACUGUGCCAAAUUGGACUUGUAUGUCAAAAUUUGAAAUUACGGGAAAUGCUGGCGGAUAAGUUCUCGUUUGAAGUUCCCAAACAGAGCUAACACUGUGCUAUGUCUCAUUUGAUGAAUGUUUACAGUUGACCAGCGGCAGGGCAUGACUUUAGGAAGCCCUGUCUGACCUCAAUCAAGCUCUGCACGCUUCUCUUAAAGUCACCCAUUCAAUUGCUUUAUCGUUACAUCUCGUUCUUUUUCCCCCCUUUUUUUCCUAUUCUGCUCUCAGAGCUUUUAACGUGCUGAUUAUUCUGCCUCAGCCUCUGCUCUACUUCUUUUUCUCACAUUAGGAUGGCAAGACCGAGAUUGAGGGAAACCCAAUUUGGGGGCAGAAAUGGGGGAUUAGAGCGGCUGUUUAAUCUAGGACAGACUUGUGCUGUGCCACGCAGUCCUCACUCCACAUCAGUGGCAGCCCUACACACCCACCCACCCCUCUAUCCUUCCAUCAGUCUAUCUUAGAUGGUCCUUUAAAUGUUUAAAACUAAUGGAUUCGAUGAGUGCUUUCCCCCCCCUCUCUCUCUCUCUUCCUUCCUAACAUGAGGGCGGUAAUCCCUCUUGGAUUUAAAUGAAAUGUGAAAUGUCACAAUGCCAGGGACCCUUUUAGAGGUGCGUUCGUGCGUGUGCCCAUGCGGGCAUCUAUGUUGAUUUGGGUCUGCAUGUGUGUGAGAACAUGCUUAAAUCUCCACUCAACCCCCUCUCCUUGCCAGAAUUGCUCAUAAACCUAUUCGAUAAACAGAUCGGGGGAACUGAAAAGCAAAAUGCUUUGAUCGUUCGAGAGACGCAAAGUCAUGGAAAGUUCACGGACAAACGCAGAUACGCAAGACUUUCAGUGCCCGACUCACAGGAAAAUGGAAUCUCAGGUCUGUGAAUGUCGGGAAGAGGUGCCGUCAAACUUAGUCGGACUGGACCAGGGUUGUUUCAAGAACACCCCUGAAGUACGCCUUUGUUAUACGUUUGAUCGGGAUCUGACGCAUCAGUUACACAGUUUUUAAAAAUGUUCGUGUUGAUGUUAAUGAACCUCGUGCCAUGAAAUGUGUUGCGCAGAGGUCAAAUCAGCAUAUUGCCAUAAGCUUUAUAAAACGUUUCUGAAGAAGCCUGCUGUUUGAGAUACCAGCGGAAAGCGAGGGACAGUGAGUGCAUGUGCAGUUUUCUCAGAAUGUAAUCUGCCCUCUGUGUUCGCAGGCCUGGUUAGCGGCUGUCAGCUGGCUGGAUGAUGAGGUUCGACCUGCUGUAGCACAGAUGGUUUGGUUUCACAUAAAAACAAGGGGGAAACUGUCAUUCUGCUUUCUACAGAUUAAAAUAUUUCAAUAAAGAUUUUUUUUUACGUAUUUUUGUGCUCUGCUCUCAGACGUAGUAUUUUUGAUAAAAAAUGUUAUCAUAUUUGUUUUGACAUUGCAGGCAAAUUAAUAAUGCGGGUUUAAAUCGUGUUUUUUUUUAACUUCACUUGACUGUAUUGGUGUAGUUUAAUGUUUACAUCAGUUAUCUGCUGCCACAUGCCUCAUCCCCUCUUAUUUUUACCUUACCUUCCUUUUAUCAUCCCCCUCUUGUCACCCACCCUCCCCGCCUUCCCACCCCCUCUCACUCUGUCUUUCCGUAACCCCUCUGUUCCUCUUCUCUCCCCUGUUUCUGAGAGUCACUUGCCCACCCUAAAUCAGCAAGCUGCCGAGGAUUGUGGGAACCCAUGGAAUCGCCGUGACCAGGGAUGCAGGCAGGGAGCCACGGCAACGCUGGAAUGUGGGGCGUCUGAGGAGAUAAGAGCUGUGAGCCCAGCCAGGGAGAGGCGCGAAGUGGGGGAGGACGAAGAGGCAGAGUGAGGAGGGUGAGACAGAAACAGGGAGAGCAGCAAGUCUGUGAAUGGGGAAACAGAAACACAACGCCAUAAACAGCCAGAGAGCAAGACAGAGUGAGACAGAGAAAGAGGGGCGGGGGACUUAGGGGGGCACACACUGGAGAUGGGAAGCCAGCCUUAUUCCUCUUUGCAUUUCAUUUACAUCCCUGGCCGUAUCGACCAAUCGGAUUGGGAGCAAAGCCCAGGGCUUAGGAGGGGAAUAAAAAGACAAAAUGCCUUUGCUGCUCUCAUCCCUCCCUGAUAAUACCCCUUCUGUUUUUCUUUUCUCCUUUUCUCUCGUCUAUAAGUAGAUACUGUCCGAAAUGCCAGCGGAAAAGCGACACCUCCGCUUGCUGUGUAUCUCAGAUAGACCGAGCGGGAGCAGGGGCUGAAAAGACAGCUUUAGCAACUGGGCCUAUCUCCACUCCUCUCUCUGGCUGGAUGGGAGCUUGGAGUGGAAGGAGGCGGAGGGCUGGGGUGUGUUGGUUAGUGUUUGGGAAGAGAAUAGAGGGUGUGAGAGGCAUGAUAUACUGAGCUGGCCACAGAUUUUGCAAAAUCUUACACUCUGAAAAACUUUUUUUUUCUUCCUAAGACUCGUAUGUCUCAUUUCAUACUAUGAUUUAGUCAUGAAAGUGACCGGUUUCACAUUUUCUUAUUCACGUACAGUACUGUCCAAGUCUUGAGCAGUUUGUUGAAACAUGCAAGCGUACAUGGAAAUACAGUAUAUGAGGUAAAAACAGAGUUUGUACAUUUCUAACAAGCUUUAAAGUCGAUAUUUGGUAUGACCACUUUUAUUCUUCAACACAGCCUGAACUCUUGUAGGCAAGCAUUCUUGUAUUUUCUUUAAGUUGUCUUUAGUAAUAUUUCUCUGGAUGUUGUCUGCCUUUCUUCUGCUCUCUGUCAAAAUGAUCCAACACUGCUUUGGUAACACUGAGGUGCAGGCUCUGGGGAGGCCAGGCCUGCAUUCAUCGCUCCACCACUGAUUUCCAGUCCUGUUCUUGUGUAAGUUGGAAUACCUCCUACAAGAAGGAAUUCUUAACAGCCACUGAGACCAUUUCUGAUGAGCCUUUAGUUAGCAGUAGAUGGAUAGACUAAAUUAUUUUUUUUCUUAUUUCUUAAGGACGUGACUUUUGGAUUCUGUUCAUCUGCUAUAGAUAGUUUUGAGGUCUGCCACUUCUGUCCUCUGUUCGUCGAGUUUCCUCAGUUUUUUGUGACACAUUGCACACCAUGCCAAAACAUGCCUAGUUUUCAGCUAAUAGCUCUUUGCGACUCUACUUAUUGGUGCAAAAAUACUAUUUUGUACUUGUCCACCUGUAUUGCCUUUGGCAUUUUUCAUGAACGCAAGAGGUAAAGAUAGAAGACGGUACUGCAUGUAUCAAGUAAACAUGUAUGAGAAAAUGUAAAAAAGCUGACUUAAAUAAAGCAGAUAAAUAGUUAUCACUUAUGUCUCAGUGUAAGGAGGUCCAUGGGUUUGGACCCAUGCAGUGCCUCUGUGUGCACUGGACAAAAGUGAUUCUGAAUCUCAAGAGUUUCACUUCCAUCAUGCAAAUGAAUUAAAAAAAAAACAGCAUUUGCCUGCAGGUUUGUCUGAAACACCAACUCCUGUGAGCAGGCACACUGUAACCUUAAACUUCUCACAGAGGUAGCACUACUGUUAUCUUGGCUAAAUUAACUGCUCUCCUGAAUGUGUAUUGCGUAGAAUUAGGCCCAUUAACAUCAGUCUGUGUUGACAUCAUGAUUGACUUUUCUCAGGUUUCCGUUUGCCAUCACUCUUGAUUUGUGUUUCCACAGUGUGUGGCGGCCAGUGUUUGUAUGUCAGGUGCAGCAUGUGUGCAAGUUUAUUUGUACAGGUGUUUGUAGUGCCCUCCAUUGUUUUACUGUUUGUAUGUUGUAUUUGCAAGUUUCUUUACUGUGUUUAAAAAAAAAACUAUG